AUGACGGAGCAACUCGAACUGCUCGGUGCGAUCGUGCGUUCGAUCCCUGGCCAGCUCGCGACCCUCCCCGGCCACGCGCACACGACGGUCUCCCAAAUCGCGACGAACCCGUUGAACGUCUCCCUGCUGCUGCUCGUCCUGUUCCUCAUCUUCACCCUCCUCCCAACCGAACCCACGAUCCCCGACCCUAAAACCCUCCCGACCCGUCCCAGCUCGUACAAUUGGCGACCGCCUACGCACGUAUCGGCGAACGCGAUCGUGUGGAAGGAAUUCACGCCCAAGGAAUUGGCUCCGUUCGAUGGUACGGAUCCGAACUUGCAGGACGGGAGGAUCUUGUUCGCUAUCAGGAGGAAGGUGUAUGAUGUUUCGGGAGCGGGGGGCAGGACGUUUUAUGGACCGGGUCAGUUGGGAGGCGCACCGCUCGUCGAGAGGGAAACACCCCCGCUUCUCUCCCUCGCCAUCGCAGCCUAAGCUCCACUUGCACCGCUGACACCGCUGACACCACACCACACCCUUCCCCGCCAUCCCUACCCACUCGAAUAUUCUCUCCCAGGUGGUGCCUACUCGACCUUCGCAGGCCGCGACGCCUCGCGAGGUCUGGCGAAACAAUCCUUCGACGAGGACAUGCUCACCUCGCUCGACGGACCGAUCGACCCUUUGGACGAUCUGACCAAGGCCGAAUGGGAUAAUCUCAGGGAUUGGGAAGGUCAGUCGGAUGAACUGAAUCGUUUUGAUGGAUUUUUUUGCGCGUGUCUUUGGGUAGACGGCUACCUCCGCGAGUGAUGAUCCUGUGCGUGGAUCGUGGUCUCGAGCGACAAAACUGAUGUGGGGCCUCCCCCCGCCCCCCUCCCCUUCUCUUCACCCCGUAGGCCAUUUCCAAAACAAGUACAUCAUGUGCGGGCAAGUUCCCUUCCUUACCCUCGGUACGGUUCUCGCGUCUUGGUACCGUAUACUGACUAUUUGGGGCUACGCGACCGGUGUGCAUUCACAGCGAUUACGUCGAGCCGAAAUGAAUUGACGACGAGUGGUGUACAGACUCACGCAGUUUGA